AUGACACCGCCGGCAGAAGACAGCCCCCAACAUCACACCGCCCCAGAAGACAGCCCCCAACAUCACACCGCCGGCAGAAGACAGCCCCCAACAUCACACCGCCCCAGAAGACAGCCCCCAACAUCACACCGCCCCAGAAGACAGCCCCCAACAUCACACCGCCGGCAGAAGACAGCCCCCAACAUCACACCGCCCCAGAAGACAGCCCCCAACAUCACACCGCCCCAGAAGACAGCCCCCAACAUCACACCGCCGGCAGAAGACAGCCCCCAACAUCACACCGCCCCAGAAGACAGCCCCCAACAUCACACCGCCCCAGAAGACAGCCCCCAACAUCACACCGCCCCAGAAGACAGCCCCCAACAUCUGAGAGACUACAACUGGCUUCUGUAUUCUCUGCUCCUUCUUCACGGACUUUGGGCUCGCCCGUCAUCGGCUCAAAAACUUCAGUGUAAGGCCCAAGACUCAAGGUGA